GAGGUAAUACAGGAGACAGCAACAUGGGAGGGGGCAAUACAGGAGGAAGCAACACGGGAGACUCUAACAUGGGAGGAGACAACACGGGAGGGAACAACGCGGGAGGGGGCAACGCAGGAGAUGGUAAUAUUGGAUGGGGUAAUACGAGCGGAGGCAGUACGGGAGAGGGGAAUACAGGCGGGAGCAGCACUGGAGAUGGCAACACGGGAGGGGGCAAUACGGAAGAUGGCAAUACUGAAGGGGAUAACACAGGCGGGAGCAACACUGGAGAUGGCAACACGGGAGGGGGCAACAUAGGAGAUGACAAUACUGGAGGGGACAACCUAGGUGGGACCAACACCGGAGGUAGCAAUACUGGAGGAGACAACACAGGCGGGGUUAAUACGGGAGAUGGCAAUACUGGAGGGGACAAUACGGGAGAUAGCAGUGUUGGAGGGGGCAAUACUGGAGAUGGCAAUGCUGGAGGGGGUAAUAUAGGAGGGGGAAACACAGGAGAAGGGACCACAGAAGGUAACACGAGAGGGGGAAAUACAGGAGGGGACAACAAUGAAGGGAGCAAUACGGGAGGGGACAAUAUGGGGAAUGGCAACACAGGAGGAGGGAAUACAAGAGGAGCAAUCGGGAACGGAAGUUCUGGAGAGAACGAAGGAAGUGUGACGGACUCUCCCUCUGACUUGACAACAGAGAGGGUUGGAGCAGCUACGGAUGAAGAGAGUGGUGGAAUGACACUUGGGUUAAUAAUUCUAUGUGUGUGUAUCGGCAUUGGAAUAUUGCUGCUUGUGGUGAUCAUUCUUGCUGUGUACUGCAGACGCAAAAAGACAAAGACUGAAAAAACGCAGACAAGCAUCAGGAAAAAUAUAGAGGUCACUGGCUCAGCUGGGGCAGAUUCAUAUAACAGAGGAAUAGGACAUCAAGAUUUUGUUGAUUUGGAAGCAAAUAAAAUCUCACAACACCCUCCUGCUUCAGACAAAUCAUUCCAAACAGAUCUAUCAACUAGCAGUUAUGACGAAAUUAUUAUUCAGUCUCGCUCUAAUGAUGAAGACAUUGCUGCUCUUUAUGCUAAACCUAUGAAAAAUGAGAAGAGCAUUCAAGCAAGUGGCAGCGGUGUGAAACCACCAAUUAUAACCAAGGAAGCUAUAUACGAUGAUCCCAUAGCAGCUGGACCAAAACUUCGAAAACAAAGUACACGAUCUUCUCAAGGACCACGCAAUAGACGAAGAUCGACAUUACGCGAACAAAAUAGAAUGCGCAGAGCUGCUAGUGAAGAUGCUUUGGAUGACUUGAGACGCAAACAAUAUAAUCUUGACAGUGAUUCUAGUACAUCAGAGCCAGAACUAGAAAUGGUUAGGAGAAGCUCUCUUGCUUCACUCUCUGGCUUAGAUGAGGUCACUAUGCGACCUGAAACAGCCACAGAUCUUACUGACGUCACUGAUUCGGGAGGUGAUACAGACAUUGAUUGGGAAAACCAUUCUGCCAUAUCUAUUUAACAACGUCAAUAACAUACUUUCCUGUAGAUAUUAGUUUAAACGAAAAUAGUGCUUAGAUGAUGAUUAGUUCUACAUGGUUUUUCAUGAGUGCUUGAAAUAUACAUUUCCACACAUAGUCAAUCAUGUCCAUUGUGCCUAGAAUAUCUAGGCAUGCCACGUGACCUACUUGACAUUUUUUAAAUUCUAUCUUAACACUCUUUCGCUAUGUGCGUAAAUGAAUUAAGGCUAGCUUCAAUGGUUCUCGUGCAAUAAAUAACCCACAAAUUAUUGACUCCUAUGCUUAAAUCCUUUAGCCAUAACAUUUCAAAACAGAAUAGAGAAAAGUCAUGAUCAGUUAACAGUUCUUGUUUCCUUGGCUUAAAAAUGUAGUAAUCAUUAAUGGUAUAGAAAGACAAGGCUGUUUAUACCCGAGUUCUUUAGCUUGAUGACAGCUAAAUGUGCUCGCCAUUGACUAUAUGUGAUUGUGAUAUCUAUCUUAUCAUUGUAUUCUAAAAAGAUUUGAAAAGUGAUGUCAUAUCAUAGACUCGCUGAUUAAAAGGAUAUUUUUUGUAUUUAUUAUGCAUGUGACUUAUCUUAGUUUAAAGUCUUGAUCUAACAAGGGCGACCAUUAUGUUUGACCCAUGUGAGUACGUUUUUAAACCUUUCCAAAAUAAAAAGAAUGGCGCUGUCUUAAAACACAUUUCUAAGAGACCUAUACCUUGGACUAUGAUUAGAGAGCCACACUUACUACAAAUUGCAUAAAGAUUUACCCAAAUUACGAAUCUAUUAAAAGUGCUAUCUCACCUAACCUCACCAUAGUCACGCGGUUAUGAAAUGUCAACUUUCAACAUCAUCAUAGUAUUUCAAAUGAAAUAUGAGUGAAAAGGACCUUUCCUUUUCACAAAAAUGUAAUUCUGGUGUAAAUUUUGAAGUUUGGCCAAGGUUGGUCAAACUUAUGUGUCUGGUAUCUACUCAAAUUUGAUUGGUUAAAAACACAAGAUUUUAUUUGAGUUGAGUGGAAAUCUUCUGGCUCCAAUUGGUGGUUAAUGAUAGAACGUUUGGCUAUCUCGCCCCUGCCUCGCAUAACCAUAUGAAGUAUAUUUAUUUCAUAUUUCGUGAACUCAUAUAAUAUUCUUAUGCAGAAAAUG